AAUAAACGUGUAUUUGUCAUGUGCGCCGAAUUCAACAGGUAAAAAGGUAUUAGGUGAACAAUAGGUAAGUAAAGAAAUAAAACAACAGUAAAAAGACAGUGAAAAAUAAACAUACAAUGCAAAUAGUCCGGGUAGCCAUUUGAUUACCUGUUUGAGUACCUGUUCAGGACUCUUAUGGCUUGGGGGUAAAAACCAUUUGAGAAGCCUUUUUAUCCUAGACUUGGCACUCCGGUACUGCUUGCCAUGCGGUAGUAGAGAGAACAGUCUGACUGGUGUAGCUGGUUCUAUUAAGUCAAAAAGAAAAAUAGGCCUACGUUUUUUUUUAAAUUGAUAACAUUAUGGGCUUAAUAUAAAUAAGAUAUUUUUGUUCAAUGGCAAACAUUAAAGUAGCCCAAUUUCGAUUGCUACUAAAUGAAAUAAAACAAAUAGGCUAGUUAAAAUCAUAUUGAAUAGCCUACAUUAUUAUUUAAAGAAAAUGACUCGAACAAAUACAUGGAAACGAAGCCUACAGAAAAUGACAAACAAUUGCAAUUUAUAGCCUCAGCUCAAGCCAUGCAAAUCGGAAGAAGUGUCUCAAACAUGUUUAGAUGCGUCCUAUUCAACGCUGGCUUGGUAUGACAUUUACAGUAGCCUAUUCGAUGUGUGUGAAUAUUGCUAAAAACAAUACAUUGACUUUCCAAACACCUGUAAAACAUAAACGAAUAUAAAUGUCGUGGUAAAUAUGUGAUCUUAAUUGUUUUCCACCCGUCGCAGGUACGGAAAGUGAAACAGGUAUUGGCUUCACCCUAUUCGUUUUGAGAAACUAUAAAGGUCGCAUUCCUACAGUUAAGAUGGUAUACCUAAACAUUAGCAACAAGACCGUGACAUUUGACAUAGCUAAGCCUGUUUUGUAUUACAAAUAUAUACUUUUUUUGCUCUACGUCUCGUUUUCAUUACCAACAUGCAUAGGCCUACGAAGUCUUUGCUUAUUUGUUUGUUGCUAACCCUGUGCAAUGGUUUCUCGGUGGGCUGCAGAUGGAUGGACGAUCACAAAUUCCUACAACACAGUGAGACCUUAAUGAACUUACUCAAUAUUAUGGGUGGGGAGUUUACUACAGACAGUGUGGACAUACCUUUCCCAGAGGACCUGUACGAGCAAGCUGAACAUUUACCAACUGAUGACACAAUUUGGUUCAUCCUCCAAACCCUUGACAAGAUCGCUGAGCUGUUUGAUGGAGAACUACACUCUGUCUGGGACGAGAAGAAAGUGGAGAUCUUCCUCAAUGUUCUCACCAGUCAGUCGGAUGGCCUUCAGUCAUGUGUUAGGGCCCAGAAAAAAAAUAGCAAGAAUCUGCAAAUGUACUUCAAGAGGCUGAACAACCACGUCCUUAAAAGAAUGGCAUACAGUGCUCAUGCAUGGGAGCUGGUCAGGAAAGAGGUUAGGACACAUCUGAGGAGGCUGGUUCUUCUGGGUUCAGCUACAGAAAACAGCAUCUAAACUCAGCAACGCAAUAAUUAUCGUCACGUAUGAGUGACGUCAUGUAUUUCGCCUGUUUCUUUGUAUGUUCUAUGAUAUGUUUAUUAAUUCCACAUGGAAAUGUGUUGUUUUUUUUAUCUGGUUUUAAAUCUAUUUAUUUAUUAACUAUUAUUUAUUCUGUUGAUGAUUGCUGGAUACAUUUUUAUACACAAAAUUACUGUAGAUGUAUGCUUUUACCUGCUACUUCAUUAAAUGCAUUUUUGACUACA